GGACACCUAUAGCCAAUACUCCAGAUAGCACCCACCGUCGCGUCAACACUUAAAACCGCGCCCCAGACCAACCGUCAUUCCAACGACCAACUCAUUCCUCGUCAUCCUCGUCGAUCGUGUGAAUCUGCUCCACCCAGUGCCGAAGGUUGGGAAGCGUGUCAGAGUGCACCGCAUCGCCAUUGCAGUAGGGACAUCGGUACUGCGGCAGCGGCAGCGGCUUGUCCUUCUUGCCCCUGGUGCGGUUGCGCUGCUGCACCCGCGCCACCUUCUGGUCGUGACGGGCCUUGUACUGCUGGUGGCAGUGCGCGCACAAACACAGAUGCCUGCAGGGGACGAAGCCGAAGGUGGCCGGGCCGUGCUCGCCGUAACACACACAGCACUGGCCGCUUGGCUGAGGCUGAGUGGUGGGUGGGGCAGGGGCAGGGGCAGGGAGAGGGGGUGGAGGAGCCGACGAGCUGCUGGAUGGGGGCUGCUGCGACGACUGCUGGCCGCUCAUCUGGGCGAGCCUGAAAUGGGAAACGUACACAUCUUGGCAUUUGGUUCGUUUGGUGGUGCCUCUCGGCUGGCUCACUGUUGUCUCAUGGCUUGCAUCUCGAGCUGCAUCUGCAGCAUCAAGUGAUACAUAUCGACCUGGCCCUCGGAAGACCUGCAGACACACAGCACACACACGAUUGAUUCUCCUCCUGGCACCUCUCUGUGCCGUGUUUCCCCACCCAUCCAUUGGCAGCAGACGGGAUAGAGAGUGUAUCGUGUUGGUAUUCAUGUUGGUGUUCUUUCCAUGCUUGGAACCACUCGGCAAAGGUCUUUCUGUCGCGAGACCGUCAGCCGAAGAGGGUUUAGCGAAUCAAGAGCAACAGACAGACAUUUCACGCACACGCACAAUGGUUCG